AUGUCCCAACCAAAACGAAAAUUUUGUCGUGUUUGUCUCAAAGAAAUACGAAGCACCCUAUCAAGGAUCUAUCAUAUACUGGAGCCACCGGAACCAGUAAUAAAAUUACGAGAUGACCGUAAGGCCGCCACAUAUUUACAAUGCUAUUAUUAUUGUAUACGCAAUGGCGGGACGGAUCAUUUUAAUGUUGAUAGUCUAAUGGACUAUGCCUAUAUAUGUACCAAGUGUCGUUUGCAAUUGAUGCGUACUUUGGAUUUUAUAAUUAAAUCACAACGGAAUGAAGAUUUCCUAAUGUCUAUGUAUGAGAAGAGUACACAUGUUGUAAGUUAUAGUAGUGCAGAAGCAACAGCAGAAGACGGUGAUGGUGAUGAUGACGAUUUGGAGGAUGAGUUGUUGCAUGGCAACAAAACAGAUGAUAAUACAACAAUUGAUUUAGAAUAUGAAUUAUUCGAUGCACAUCAAUCGAGGAAGACGGAAGAUGAGACACAAAGUGAUGGGAGUCAAGGGGAGGAUGAGGAGGAGACUGACUUGCUUGAGGAAUGUCUAGAUCCAAAUGAUGAAACAAUGCGAGAUUAUCAAAAUUCGGUAGAACAUUCCGAUUCGGAAUUGGAUAUCAAUGAAAUAUUAGAUGAACUAUCAGAAGAGUAUGGUGGAGGAAAAACAGUAACUGCGGAAAAGGAAGGUUCUAAAAACACGGUUGUCGAUUUCGAAGAAGUUCUAAUCGAAACGGAUAAUGCUGAAUUACCACCAAAGAGAGCAAAUUUUUCUAGCAACAGGAAAAGAAAAACAAAGAGCAAUUCUGUAAAAGAAAAUACUUUAAAAUUCAAAUGUGAAAUUUGCUGCAAAGUCUAUAGAUUAGAGCGGGAACUGCAUGAUCACUAUAAUGAACAUGAUUCAAAGCUACUAAAAUAUCCCUGCAAUAGAUGUAAAGAAUAUUUUAUGUCACAGGAUUCCCUCAACAUCCAUAGAGAUAUAAAACAUAAAAAUAAAAUCUAUGAGGAUUGUGAAAAAUGUGGAAAACUUAUUUGCUCCACAUUAAUAUAUGAACAUAUGGAACAACAGCAUAGCCAGGAUAAAGAAUACGAAUGUAAAACAUGCGAUCGUAAUUUCCUUACAAAAUUAGCAUUUGUUAAACAUCAAGAGAUGAUACACGGUCCGACCAAAUUAAAUCGUUUUGAGUGUCCUGAUUGUGAACGAUUUUUCUUUACCACGAAAAAUCUUAAAAAUCACAUAAAAAUGACACAUAAUACAAAGAGAAAUGGUACUGCAGCAACAGAUCAGGAUUUUCUAUGUGACAUUUGUUCGAAAACAUUUUCCAAUAAAUACAGUUUAAAAAUGCACAUACAACGGCACACCGGUGAUAUUUUAAAAUGUUCCUAUUGUGAAAAGGAAUUUGUAACAGCCAAGGACUUGAGAAUACAUAUACGAUUUCAUACAAGAGAAUUUCCCUUUAAAUGUGAACAAUGUUCACAGACGUUUGCCAUUAAAACACAUUACGAUCAGCAUCGUAAGAAACAUGAAGGUGUACGCUAUCGAUGUCAGGUGUGUGAUAAGGAAUUUGGUCAUAUGUUUAGUUUACGUCAGCAUUCAUUUAAACAUCGUGGUUAUCCGUUUAGUUGUAAAUUGUGUGGAAAAGGAUUACCGGCAGUAUUUAAAAUGCGAGUCCACUUGAAAACAAGGCAUCGUAAAGUAUUCAAUGGGGAAUAUUCCGACGAAGAGGCUGAUCAAUAUAUUAUACGAAAUAAUAUUGAAAAAAUGUAUCCUUGUGUUGAAGUACUUCCUGAUAAAAUAGUGCGUUAA